UCGCUCUAUUCGCUAUUCAAAAUGGCGACCGUGUGGCGUUCACAGUGCGCGUUUGCACGUUUUUUUGUCGGAAAAACCGGGCGGAUCCUGAACAACGCUGCAGAUUUGGGUAUAAAACUUACACCAGAGUCAAUAUCGGUAUCUACAACGAGGAGCUAUUCUAACUAUUCACAUUCACCACUUGUCAAAAAAAUCAAAGAACAGUAUGAUUUUGAAAUAGAAAAAAAUCCUCCUGAAUGGGCAUAUGUAGAACGUCUUUUGCCCUUAGAAAUAAUUCCUCCAGUACAACCUAAAGAAACCUAUCCAUCUGGAUGGAUUCCACCAAAGGAAGAAGCAAAGGAUCUACCAUAUUUUAUGCCAAGAACCAAAAAUCAUGAGUUGCCAAUAUAUCUCGUUAUCACCCAUAAAGGACAACGAAAAGUAUCGAUGUUGAGAAAAAUAGAAGGUGAUAUUUGGUUAAUGAACGACUUAAUAAAAGAACACUUACAAAAAAAUUUUAACCGUUACAUAGAAACGAGAGUGCAUGAAUUAGGUAGAUUUAUUGAAGUAAAGGGAGAUUUUGUAAACUCAUUACGAGAAUGGGCCUACUCUAAAGGUUUCUAAAAAUAUAUAUAAAUGUAGUUUGUUAAAAAUAAAAUUUAAAUAGA